AUGAGUUCUACGAAAGACUAUGUGUUCUACGUUUUAUCUAUCUUUGUCUUUAUUCAUCAUUUAAAAUUUGUGAUAACUCUAUCGUCGUUCAAAAACGUCGAUACUGUUAACAAUCAUGUACAACAGUCGCGCAUUACACUGGAAACGCAGAGCUAUGAAGUUGCUCCCGGUAUAACUUAUGAAUAUAUGUACAUCAAGGCAAUCAAUGAUGUUGAUCAUCCAAAAGCGACUAUUCUCUUUCUUCAUGGUUUUCCUUCAUCGCUUCAUUCUUGGCGACAUCAAUUGAAACAUUUCUCGCGACAAGGAUAUGGAUGUCUAGCACCAAAUAUGAUGGGCUAUGGUAAAACUUAUUCACCAUUGAACAAAGAUGAAUACAAAGCCAAAUCAAUGGUCAAUCAUCUCAUUUCUCUUCUUGACUACUUGUCUCUCGACAAAGUAUUUGUCGUUUCACAUGACUGGGGUACUCUACCAGCCAGUCGAUUUGUUCUGUAUUAUCCUGAACGAACAUUGGGUCUUGUUUUACUCAGUAUUGGAUAUCAAGUACCGGGAAUAUUGGAUUUUGAUCAAGCACUUAAAAGUUCAAAAGAAUUCUGCGGAUUUGAAACGUUGGGUUAUUGGCAAUUUUUUGAUUCUGAUGAAGCGGCCAAGCUUAUUGAAAGCAAUUUGGAAAGUUUCAUUGACUUACUGUUUGCAAGUAAUGCAACGCUUAUCAAAACGGCUUUGGUUCCACUUGGUAAACUGCGACAAUGGCUGACGAGCGGACGAAGAACAAAUCGUGUUUCAUUUAUGACAGAAGACGACUUCGAUGUAAUUCAUCAAUUUCUCGUCAAUGCCGUACGGCCUAAACUUAACUGGUAUAAGGCAGCUAUUGGUAAUAUUAAUUGGAAUGACGAAAUGAAUCUCGAUCCAAAUAUUAAACGACCAGUUCUUUUUAUUAGAGAUGCACUUAGAUAUCCAUGUCUAACUCCGUUUUGGCACGACAAAGUCAAUACAUGA